CCGGGGCUCGCCGCGAGCCUUCGAGAGCAGCGGCCGCGGAGGAGGAGGCGUCGGCGGCGGCGCAGGCUUGGGCCAGCCGCGCGCACAUCCCCGGGCGCCCUGCGCGGCGGAGAGCUCGGCGGGCCGCGGGAGCCCAGGACCGGAGUGGACAAAGCAAGAUGGCAGGGAUCUUAGCCUGGUUCUGGAACGAGCGGUUUUGGCUCCCGCACAAUGUCACCUGGGCGGACCUGAAGAACACGGAGGAAGCCACCUUCCCGCAGGCUGAGGACCUCUACCUCGCCUUCCCCUUGGCCUUCUGCAUCUUCAUGGUACGGCUCAUCUUCGAGAGAUUUGUAGCCAAACCAUGUGCCAUAGCCCUCAACAUUCAGGCCAAUGGACCACAGAUUGCCCAGCCAAAUGCUAUUCUGGAGAAGGUCUUCACUGCAAUUACAAAGCAUCCUGAUGAAAAGAGAUUGGAGGGCCUCUCCAAGCAGCUGGACUGGGAUGUUCGCAGCAUUCAACGCUGGUUCCGACAGAGACGCAACCAGGAGAAGCCAAGCACGCUGAAGAGGUUCUGCGAGAGCAUGUGGAGAUUUUCAUUUUACCUUUAUGUAUUUACCUAUGGAGUCCGGUUCCUGAAAAAGACCCCCUGGCUGUGGAAUACGAGGCACUGCUGGUACAACUACCCUUAUCAGCCACUCACACCUGACCUUCACUACUAUUAUAUCCUGGAGCUGUCAUUUUAUUGGUCUUUAAUGUUUUCCCAGUUCACUGAUAUCAAAAGAAAGGACUUUGGUGUUAUGUUCCUGCAUCACGUUGUAUCUAUUUUAUUGAUUACCUUUUCAUACGUCAACAAUAUGGCCCGAGUGGGGACCCUGGUCCUCUGUCUCCAUGAUUCAGCCGAUGCUCUUCUGGAGGCUGCCAAAAUGGCAAAUUACGCCAAGUUUCAGAAACUUUGUGAUCUCCUGUUUGUUAUGUUUGCCAUGGUUUUUAUCACCACACGACUGGGCAUAUUUCCUCUCUGGGUGUUAAAUACCACAUUAUUUGAGAGUUGGGAGAUUGUUGGACCCUACCCUUCCUGGUGGGUUUUUAACCUACUGCUGUUGCUAAUACAAGGCUUGAACUGCUUCUGGUCUUACUUGAUCGUAAAAAUAGCUUGCAAAGCUAUUUCAAAAGGCAAGUCUGGGAAGUGGAAUCCUUUACAUGUGUCCAAGGAUGAUCGCAGUGAUAUUGAGUCUAGCUCAGAUGAGGAGGACUCGGAACCUCCAGGGAAGAGCCCCCACACUGCGACCACCACCAAUGGGACCAGUGGUACCAACGGGUAUCUCCUCAGUGGCCCUUGCUCCAUGGAUGAUUAAUUACUCAAAACUCCACAUCCCAAACAAAGUGAACUGUUUGUUCCUGGAAGUAUUUAAUAAGUUGCAAAUGCAGUUCCUUUCAUAAUAGCUCAGCACCAGAAACAAAAAUUAGGAUUAUCAAAGCAUUUGAAUAGUGCAUUGCCAUAUGUCCUGUCUGUGAAUGAAGAAGAAUUACCAUUCUCUAUACGUAGGCAUGCUGUAUGUAAUUGACACAAGGGAACAGUAUUUGCAUUUGUACUGUCUUAGAAUAUUAUUUAUUUUUUGUAUUUGUUUGUAAAUUUGUGGACAACAGAGAGUUUCCUCACUUCUUUUACUCUCUGGGUUCAUGACAGUGAGGGAGACGCAACACUUGCUUCUACCCCUUUCUGUUGCUGUAACCCAGUCGGCUAGGAGCAUCAGCUUAACUUGUCACUUAGAGCAAGCAAAACCCAGUGCAAGAUUCUGGUACAGCUCCAGAUAGGUUUGCUUUCUUUGUGUUACAAUUCCCAUUUUGAAUUUCCUGUAUAGUCUCAGUGACCUUCCUCCCAGUAUAAAGUUUCAACAGGAUAAGUGAGGUGUCUUAAUUGUCACUCUUCUGGUCAAUUAGCUGUUCAAAUUAGAGUAUGGUUAUUGGAGGACUUAAUUUUUUUUUUGUAUUUAAUUGCUUUAGAAUAGACUUCAUUUCCUGUGCACACAGCUAGGAUUUCUUCAUUGAGAAUGGUAGUUAGUUGGAGAUUAACUUUGUAGGUUACAGAGAUUUUUUUUUUUUUUUAAAUUCUCUAUUAUGGAGUCAGUGCUCUAGCUCUGAAGGAAGACUUUUGCUUAGGGUCAUGGUUACAAACAACAAAAUCACUCUUACAACUGAGAAUGUGUCCCAUGAUCUGAGAAUAACAAAGAGAGCAGCUGAUUUCAACCAGAUUUUACCACUGACUCUGUAAUUAGUGCAGUCUUUUGUCUUGUCAUAAAAAAAGAAACUAAGUAUAUUUGGGGACAGAAAAAGGAGACUUCCAAGAGUUGGCCAGAGGCACCUCUAGGGCAAAGCACUUUAUUGCAACCAGCUUCCAAGAAAAUGCCCUAUCUGGUAUUUGAUCUUGAUGUUUUUAUUUUUCUGAGCAAAAUAAAGCCAAUGGGAGAAAGACUGUUUCACCCUUUGUCUUGUCUCCUUAAACAUAACCCAUAACAUAAGAGAAUUUCGUUGCUAGAAACUGAGCAGUGUUACACUCUAAGUCCUUUUGUUUGCUUCUUUGAAGACUUGCUCAGUUUCCAGGAGCUUUUAUUCAAAUGGAGCUAUUUCCAGAAAAACAAUAAACAUUCUACUCAGCGGUGAUUGAGAAUUGAGAAAGAUUACUGGGAAAAUAAGUUUCCAUGGUCUCCUACAGGGCAGAAUUACUUACAUGUAGAUAAGAAGACCAUACACAUAAGCCAAAGAUUUUAUCUCUUUUCUUCCAACUUUCAGUAAGAGGGAGUAAAAGGUAUUCUAAGUACUUAUUUCAUAAAUCAGAAAGCCCAUCAUCUAAACCACGAGUCCAAAACCACAAUGCAGUGAUAAAAAUGUACGAGUCAGGACUAGUGAAGCAAAGUACUGGGGAGGGCACGUCCUGCUCAAAGCCAUUCAUAUUCAAUUCGACUCUUUAAAAAAGUUGAUAUAAAGCUUUGUGCCCACAAUCCGCAAUGUGAGAGUUAAUCUUUAGAAGAAUACUCCCAAACAGAAUCCUCAUCCUGUAAUAUUAAAUCUCUCCCCACCUAUUUACAAAAUAGUAUGUUUCUGGUGUGGUCCAUCGUAGUAACUACAGAGGCUUGAAAAUAUGUCUGCUUGCUCAUUGAGAAAACAGUGCAACUAAUUCUUCUUGUAAAGUCUUGUCAUUUUACUUCACAGAAUAGGGCUGUAUCUAGGAGUGUAAUUGUGGAUGGCUGAGUCUGUGGGACCAGUCAUUAAACAUCAGAAGUACUUGUUAGUCAUCUGAACAUCUGCUAAAAAUGCAGAUGCAUAUAAAAAGGAACAGCAAGCAGGUUAUAGCUGAAAAUUUUUGAGGAGGUGAAAGUUUCCUUUCUUAAUCAACUAAAAUAUGGAACAGAAGAGUGACUCGUGCCUUGCUCUAGUGUUUAGAGCACGUCCUCUGAUGGGUGAAAUAAACCCGAGGAUCACAAGGUGUUCAGAUGCAGAUCAGCUCACAUUCUUUAGCAUACAAGAAUAAUUUCAGAAGACCUGCUUGUAAAUGAAAGGUUUAGAAGAGUUGCAUGAAAUGAAGAAAAUUAAGUCUAUACUUAGCAAAGACAUCUGAACAAUCUUUUGUUUUUCCCAAAAGUCACUUAGGAGGACUGAGAAUUCUCAGAACCUCUCUGACCAAUGGCAGUAACCUAACACGGUCUUCUAUGUAUCUAUAGAUUUUGAUUUCAUUUGACAUUUUAGGGCAAAGGGUUCUUUUUGACUAAUCAGUAAUGGUAUUUGUAGGUCCUUUAAGAUGAAGAAUAAUAUAUCUCUGUCUGCUACUCUCCCAUGGUGGUCUGAUAAGGCUGAGAGAGAAAACAUGUGAGAUACCCUAUCUUCUACCUGUGCCAGGCCAAAGCUUUGGAAGCGAAUUUUGUAAAUUCAAUUGUAGAUUAGUGAGAGUGUUGUUUCUCUUUAAUGAACUUAGUCUGUGUUGAUACCUCCUUCCUCCCAGUCACAUUCAAACCUUCCCAAGGUACAAAGGGGUAUAUAGGAAGGAGUCUAGAAAAAGUAAUAUUUUAUUCUCCAGAGCUAUAGCUUUUCUAGAUGGCUUAGGGGGGAAAAUGUAGAAAAUCGAGUAGAAUUUGGCCUUGGGUCAUUAAGUGAUAUAAAAUGUGUGGUCUAUGUAUGUACAUGUAUGUUUCUCAAAAAACAUGAUGAAACCAAAAUCUCGCUGACUCAUCCUUAUCCAUAUCCUUUUCAUAAAAACCAUCCGCCACGUGCAGUAGAAACUUCCCACCUUCCUCUCCACUUCCUGUUCGUGCUACCACAUGGCGGAGAGUGGGGGACUCCUUUCUGCCUCUUCGCCUUAGAGCUAAGACCAUAAAGAGCCUAAGGCCAGCAGCUAGUUCACACUUCCAAAUUUAGCAAUAUGAAUGUUGAGAUUAGGGGAGCAACCAUCAGGAUUUGGGGUUAUUAAGCUAAAUGUUGAAAACAAUGCAUAUGAUUGCAGCUUCACCCCAGGGUUUCAUUAACAUCCAGCUACUGCUAGGCUGCUAGACAGAUGGUAUCCUGAGGUACCAUCAGAUCAUGCAACAAGCACCUGACAAAGAUGAACUAGGAAGAAAGGUAGCAGCCUUCCCCAAGAAAGCAAGUAGUUGUGUGGGAGAAAUAACGCUUUAAUGAGAUAGAAUCAGGUCACCUGUAGCCAGAAUGGUGGGUGAACCUCAAAAUGUCCAGUUCUCUUGCCAAACUUCCCCUUCUGAGUAUUUGAUAGAGUUUGAAUUUGAGCAAACUGAAUGCUUGCACCUUAGGUAGAAAGGGUCUGAAUCUUCCACUCUGUAUAUUUCAACCUCACUGUUAUUUGGGCUGAAGUUGUAAAUGAGAUUUCGUUCCAGCUUACUUGAGUCUUUGCAAAAGAGCUCUUCAAGAGAGAACUUUAUGGACACCCAUGAUUGUUCCCAAUCUGGUCAUGAUUUUGCAUUGGUAGUUACUUUUAUCUGCUUCUUGGAAAUGUUAAUGCCAAAGUUGCCUGAAUAUUUGAGUAUUUUUUCUUAAUUUGAAGUAGAAAAAGUAUAUAGAAUAAUUCCAAAGGUGUUUAAAAAAAUUCUCGUCAUCAGUAUCUGUAAUGGUUAUGUCCAAAGAGGCUUCAAGAAAUCCUUUGGAAAUAAUAGGUUCCAUGUUUACAUUUCAUGUGCUGUUUGAGGUCUUAAGAUUCUAAGUAGCUUGCUUUUUUUUUUCUUUGUCUUUGGCUGAUGCCUGCUUUGUAGAUAAGUGUUAGUAGCCCUGAAAUGUUUCUAAUGUUCGAGCAAGAAAAAAUAAAUCAGAUCAAAGUCAGCCUGAUGAGAAAGUGAUAACAAGGCACUUUCAGCUUCUCAGUAACUUGUAUAGAAAGAGAAGAUGCAGUUCUUGAUUCUGCACUUGCUGACCAGCGUGCUGUCUGUCCAUGGAAGGAAUACUCUUGAUAAUCACAAACUGUUCAUGCAAAAUGCAGCAAGACUUUCUUUUUAAUGAAGGUAUUGUCCCCAGAGUCAUUAUAAGUUUCUCUUGAUAAAAUGAAAUUGUGCCAUUCUCAAGUUAGCAGAUAGUUGUUAGCACUGGUUCACUGUGGCCACACUUCAAUUCUUCAUUAGUGAUGGGCUACAAAGAGGCCCUGUGGUUUGCAUGUGUGUGCAUGGUUCCAUCUCAUCCCCUAGGGGGCGCUCAGUAGAUGCUGAGGAGGCCUGGACACGUGUCCAUUCUAUGCGGCUGGAACUCCUCUAACAUACGCUCAGAGGAAGCAUACCUGGUGCUGGUUUUUAUGGAGGAAACUGUAUUAGAGAACAUAAAACAUCGUAAGUAACUUUUAAUGAGAUCUGCAGACACCCAAAGGAGAACCUUAGCCUUUCUAACGUGAGUUCAGCCUGAAGCCUUGGAAAGGAAUACAUCUUCAAAUAGACACAAGCUAAUACUCUGUCAGAUCAAAGAGAUGAAAGUUUCUGCAGGCAGAUGGCACAUCACACAGUAUCUCCACAGGGCUAGACAUUCUCAGGAUUGCCCAGGAAAGAAUGGGAGGGACUGUUAGCCUAAGAUCUGUCUUGUUUAUCUUUCACCCACAUUCCUUUAAGGCUCCUGGAACUCUAAGUAAAAGGAAGCCAGAAUAUUGUCACUUGUCUGCUGUUGAUUUCCCGAUAGCCUUUGGAUCAGUUGUGUGCCGUACUUCCUUCUCUGCCUGAUUCCAUUUUUCUUAAAAACUAUGGUGCCCAUGUGAGCCUGUUCUCCUUAACACAAGACCAUGAAAGCUUGGCUUCCUAUUUUGGUAUAUGUUGUGUGGCCUGGAAACCAGGGAAUGACAGCUGUUGGAAUGAUUUCUAUGUUAAGUGAAAAAUUAGAUUUUAUAGAGACUUUUUUUUCCUCUUAGAUCUACAGUAAUUUUUUUAAACUGUCAUUGUAAAACUACCCUUAAAAAAUGACAGAUUUUUUCAAGAUGAGUUGCCAAAGUGAAAUUAGCUCUGUAAUAGGAGCAAUGAUGUGGUGAUCUGUAGCUUUAACUUAGAGCUUCAUUCAUUUAAAGAUGGAAAACACCCUCCAAGUUUGAUUUCCUAAAGUUUCGUAAAACCUCUAAGCUCAUGAUUUUCCUCAGCUCUUUACCCACAUGAUCAGUUACCUCCGUAGCCAUUUGGUGUCAUGCAAGGGGGAGGUGGUUAGUUUAGGGAUUUGAUUUUUUUUCAACUUGCAGUGAGAAAUAGGAUAGGUGACAAAACCUUACUUGUUUUCUUAAGACAAUUCAGUGCUUGAGCAUCUCUGUCAUAAAUGGAAUGGUGUACUGUUAGACAGUUAGAAUUAUUUUAUGUAUUGUUACUGUGUUUUGCUGAUUUUUAUAUGAGAAGAUAAUUAUUCAUUCUUGAUCUCUGGAAGCAAUCAUUAUUAUGAGGAUCAUUUUACUUUGGAAACACUUUCAUAAUAAAGAUAAGUAUUAAGAGUACAGUGUAAAUGCCCUUUUCUGUAAGCACUACCUAGCUUGUGUUGGCAAUACACUACAUCUUCCUAGACAAGAUUUAUUUCCGGGCUCGCAGUAUCCUGUGAGUUUCUUGCAAACCUCCUCAAGUCCCAGUAGUCACUAUGAUCACAAGAAAGGAAUGUAAUAUUUCUAUGCUAACUAUAAUGUCAGAUUUAUGUUGUUUUGUCGAGAAUUUAGCUAAGCUGCUCGAUGCCGUUGCCGUGUCAGCCUCCAUUUUGUUUGCCAGGCAGCCUGCAGGGACCAGAAAUUGACACUAGCCCCUCAAACAGGUGUAUGUCCUGCAUCGCAGCCCAGGGUCUUAAGCAAAUGUACGUCCCUGCUGUGAUCUCCCCAGUGAGCCCUUGUGAUCAGCCAUCUCCCCUGCCUCCCACUGCCUGUAUGCCUUAUGCAUGCCUUAGAUAAGACCUCCGGGGGGCUUAGCCAAACGUUGCUCUUUUGGCAUGAAUUGACCAAUCUGGCCAUAGCCCAGGAACCCCAAAGCACUCCACCCAUGGACCGUAAUAAAAGCAUGUGCCCCAGGUCCUGUCUCUCUCUGUCUGCACCCUGCCUUGACCUCCCUGUAUGGCCCCUCCAGGUUCGCCGUGUACUUCCCCCAGGACCUGUGAAUAAUAAACCUCUCUAUUUCAAGUUC